CGACUUCUGUCAAAGUAUGUUCAUCGCUGACAGUCACUGGAUUUAAAAGAAAUGUUGUGCUGCACUUUGUCAGGUCUUGUCACUCUUGCCCUGUGUGUGGUGGUAAGAGGCGACACGGACCCCUGCCAGGAAGGUAACCACCAGGUGAUAAGGGAGGUGCAUCGCUCCAUUCGCUACACGAUUGGGUCCAUGGAGACCCCCAUCUGUGACACAGACCUCAUACCUGGGUGGUACAUUUUCAACUCCACUAAGGUCGAAAAAAUCCCAGAGAGCUGCGUACAAAGAUUUCACUGCGGGACAGUAGCUCCUGUGUGGAUGUAUGGGGGCCAUCCAGGUGUCGCAGACGGCAUUGUGACAAGAAAAGCAUGCGCCAAUUUCGAUUCGGCCAGGUCCUGCUGUGAUUUUGAUUUAUCGAUACAAGUGAAGAACUGUGGUGGUUUCUUCGUUUACUUUCUGCAGCCCACCCCAAGCUGCCCCAUCGCCUAUUGCGCAGGAGAUCAAGAGGUUUGCCCUGCUGGCAAGUGGAGCGACAGCGGCAGUCCACCAUGUAGAGAUGUGCAUCCAAAACUUCGGUCGGAGCCAGUCUUGAAAGGACCAAUAGUCAAUGGAAGUCAAUUCGAAUUUACCUGCACCAUUGAUUUUCCUGACGUGGACCCGGAUGCAAGGUUUGAUGUGAUGUGGACGUUUGAUGGUAAAGAAGAUGAUGUCAUAGGGUCAACAGUGUUAUCAGACCCCGACCGUGUGGCGCAUUUAAAUGGCUCUGCCCUAAAGGGCCACAUGGGUACUGAGGUAGGGUGCAAAGUACGUUCGUAUUAUUUCGGCAGUAGCUUACCACGGAGUCCUUGGUUAUCCAGCAACACCUACUGGGCAGGAAUCCGGACAGAUCCACCUGUUCUUCAAAUCAGUGAAGCAGCAGAAGAACUGACCAAUAUCCGUCUCACAUCCACAAUCCCAAUCAUUUGCAACUUUCCCCAAGAUUGUUCUCUGACCGUAAAGCUCCAUGUGGAUGGUACAGCAAAUAAUGCUAUGGCCAACAUCUGCCAGUACAAAAUUCCGGCAGUGGACGGGUUUACUGACGUACAGGUAGUGGCCAAGAAGGACCUCAUCAACGACGGUGACAAGGACCUCCUCUUGAGCUUUGAGCCAAUGCUAGGGGUUGGUGUCGGUGGACCCUACCUCUCAGCUUUCGAAGGCUAUCGUCCUCAGACAACGAAAGUCACUGUGAAGGAUGUCGGGACAAAAACUUGCUCAUGGCAAGGAGACCCUCAUAUACAAGGGUUCGAAUCCAACAGAAAAUUCAACCUUUACAGAGUCGGAGACUACACAAUGUACGAAAAUCCCAGUAGAGCCUUCGAGAUACAAGCUCGCACGUGGCCGUGCUGUAGCAUGCGCGUGACGUGCGUAUGUGGCGUGGUCAUCAGAGAGGUCAACGAUGUCAUUCGAAUCGACCAGUGCGACCAGCGGUACGGCAACCCUCACACGUCACCAAUCAUCAAGGUGUACAAUGGACCGUUGCGAGAAGGAACUAGUAUACAGAGAUCGAGAGACGGCAGUAGAAUCACUGUAAACCUUCCCUCAGGUACUGGCAUCAUCAUCCGCCAUCAAAACUACGGCCUCGAUGUGGACAUAUUGGCAUCAAGCGUGGACCAGGGCAAAGGGAGGGGGGUGUGCGGUACCUUUGAUGGCAACCCUUUCAAUGAGCUCACCCACCGCAGCGGGUUCGUGGAUCGGUGGAGCGAUCUGCCAGAAGCCUUCACACAAUCUUGGCUAAAAAGCGGACAGGAAAGCUUGUUCAAGUAUAUUCCGGCCAAAAUAACUGAUCCUUAUACUGUCAGAUACUGUUCUUGCGACACUGGGAACAGAGUCAACUGCACGCCUGCACCUGUGUCUCCCAACACUGGAGUACCAUGCCCGGGCUGCCCUCCCGCACCGUAUCAACAAGUAGCACCAGCGGGAGGGAAAAGGUCUCUGACUGACGCAGACACGGACGAACCGGAAGCUGUGUAUGAUCCAGACAAUUUUACAGACUUUGUGCCCGGAAAUGCAACAUGGCCGACACCCAGUGGCAUCACGGAAGAGCAAGCCAGGACCAAAUGCCAGUUGGCUUUGACUAGCUCCCAGCUGUGGACUCACUGCCAGGACAAAGAGAAAGUGGAUAACUUCAUUGAGAACUGUGUUACUGAUAUCGAAUUUGGAGACACAUUCGAGUUUGCGGACUCCUACAGGGAAUCGUUCGAAACUGAUUGCCAGCUGGAGCUCAGCAGAGACCCCAGAAAUUACGUCACUUCCGCUACAGGAGAACUUGAAAUGAAGCCGGAACUUUCUACGGACAUCUGCAGCACGAAGUGUCUGCUUCAUGGAACCUGCAACAAAGGGCAGUGUGUCUGUGAGUCCGGCUACACGGGAGACAACUGCCAUCUUCUUGCGGGCAAAGGACCACAACUCUCUAGAAUCAGAAAUUCCAACAUUUGUGACGUCAACGAGCGGCCAUGUCGGAAGAUCUUCAUCGAUGUUAGUAACAUCGACCUCGCGGAUCGGCUGACGUGUAGAGUGCAGGAGGUUCUACCGGAUGGAUCCGUUUCACAAAAUUCUUCCCUGGAGCAGGGCGAGUUUCUUUCUGCUGGCAGACUGGCGUGCAACAUUCCUGACGCAAAGGUCAAAACAGAAAAGUCAGUAAAGAUCUACCUCAUUUCCGCUUCCAACGAUGGUCACAUGUACGGAAACCAGUUGAACCUGACGGUGUAUGAUUCCCGUUGUCAAGCGUGUGAUGGGGUCUCCUGUCGCCAGAAGAGUACAGCGUGUCUGAUUGACAGUCUGUGCUACGAGGACGGAUCCCAGAACCCAGCCAACACCAGUGAAGUGUGUCGCGUGUCCACCUCCACGACCCAGUGGACGUCUGUGGCUCCUGUCUCGGUUGACUUCCCAGUCAUCACCGCGGUCAGCCUGACUAGAUCACCUGACAACAGGAUGCUGCUGUGCACUAUAAGCUCCGGCGAUGUAAAACCCACAGCCAGCUACCGCGUGACCUGGGCUGUCGAUGGCGUCUGGUAUCGCGAGAUGGAGGUGUCGAGAGGUCAACUACAAGUCGUCCUCGUCCUGGCAAACUUCAAAAACGCUCAUGAGGUGAUGUGCCGAGUGCGGUCUUACUACAGUGAUCGAAACAUCCUCAGUUCUUUUACUGUCAGCAAUGUUUUCUCCCUAUAGGAUCAUCGUGCCGGUUAAUCAAAAUCCCAUCAUUUUUUUCCUUCCUGUUAUCAUCGAAUACGAAGAGGAAUCCCACUAUGUGAUGAUAUUCAAAUAAUAUCUUCUUCACCUUGAAGACUAGUCAAUAAAAAAAAAA